ACAUUUUCCGGGUUAGGUUUUGUAAACAUUCGUGACUUUGAAAUACGUUAUAUAUUUUGAAAUGCUUCAGAUUUUUCUGUGGUGUUCAGUUAUAUCUAUAAUUCUUUAUUUAACAAACAAUACAUUCAGAUAUUAUACGAAGUAUGGAGCCUAUCUCCUGGCGUUGACAAUUAUUUCCACUAUAACAGUUCUAUGGAUUUUGUUGACAUGCAGAUCUAAAAGCAGUGAAAAUUUUAGAUUUGCUAUUUGGUCCCUUAGGAAAUUGAAGUACCUCUAUGGCUGGGAAUUCGAGACUCAUGGCAAAGAAUAUUUAAUGAAUGAUAAGCCGUUAGUAGUUCUUGUGAACCAUCAGAGUGGUUUAGAUUUAUUAGGUUUAAUGGAAUUAUGGGAUUGGCGAAAUCAUUGUACAGCUGUAGGCAAGCGAUCUCUUAUGUACAUGGGAGUGUUUGGACUUGCCUCUUAUCUUUGUGAUGGAGUGUUUUUAGAUAGACAUGAUCAUGCUAAAGCUGUUCAACAAAUGAAUGCAGUAGUAGAUCAGAUACAUUCUAAAAAGUUAAAAGUAUUUGUUUUCCCAGAAGGUACUAGAAAUCGUAAUGGUUCUAUGUUAGCAUUUAAAAAGGGAGCCUUUCACCUGGCCAUUCAAUCUAAGGUGCCAAUUGUUCCUGUUGUUUUUUCGUCAUACAAAUCCAUCUACAGCAAAGAAAAGAAAAUCUUUAAAUCUGGAAAAAUCUGCAUUACUUGCCUACCUCCUGUUUCUACGGCUGGUCUGACCAAAGAAGACAUUCCUGAGUUAUUGGAUUCUAUACGGAAUUCCAUGGUAGAAACUUAUAACAGAACUUCAUCUUCUGGUGAAAAAACAGAGUAGCUCGAAAUCUCUCCUGAUAUAGGCCUGGAUAGACAAUGAACCUGGCCUAAUCAUCAUUAAACUGGGGGCAUUGUGUUUACAAUAUUUUCUUUUUAUCUGUUUAUUAUUAGCUGCAGAUCUGUAGAUCGCUGGUCUAAAAAAUGUGAUGAAUGACCAGAGAGUUACAGUGCCACCCAUAGAAAAAAAUGUAUAUUUAUUGCACACAAAAUGUUCUGCUCGAUUUUGGAUUAAUUUCUCCAAAUUUUUACCUCAAUUAUACAAAAGCUCGAUUUUAAAAUAUUUGCAAUUACUUUCAUAUAUGAUAUAUAAAUGCAUGAAUCGUGUUUAGCAUUAUUAUCAUGCCAUCAAAAAUGGCAGUGUAAAUAGGCAAAUUUUUUGAUGGUCUAAAUUUAAGGCCCAUAAAGGCUAUUUACAAUAUUUAUGAGGAAUGUUUUGUUGUGGAAAUAGUAAAAGAAUAAGUAAGGAACACACAGUAAGUAAUUUUUGAGAUGGCAGUUUAAAAACACAGAGUAUAAAUAAAUUGAGAAAUUGUACACUUUUGUGUGUGCAAUAAAUAAACACUUUUUCAAUGGAUGGCACUGUAGCUGUCUGGUCUGUCAAUAUAUUUUUUGGAAAGCUACAGUUCUGCAGCUAUUCAUUAUUACUGUAAGUUUAUUAACCAUUGAACAUUUCUGUUUUAAAAUUAAGGUUUUAGUUUGAAAAAAGGGGAGUUCAUGUACAUUACCUUCUUUAAUUACCAAAUAUAUACAUUUUUUAUUGAAUUUUGAAAAUGACAUUACAAAGGCCCAGAUAAAUAUUUAGCUUAAUGCAUUUAAAAAAAAAUUCUGAUCCUAUUCUAAUUAUUAUUUUUCUUUUUUGCCUUUUGGAAAAAAAGAAUAGAGUUCAAAUUAAAAAUGCAGAUAUUUGAAAGAAGAUCUGAGGAAUAACUAAAAAUGAAUGUUUUUAUACUCCUGAAACAAAGUUUUUGGGUAGAUAUACUAAUAUCACCUUGUCCAUUUGUCUGUAUGCCUCUGCUUGUGUCUGUGCAACCAUGUCUGGAUCAUAAAUUCACAACUAAGAUAGAUUGGUAGCUCAUACUCGAAAUAACAAAAGAUAAUUGCUUAAAACUUGAUGGUGUUAGUUGUUGUUGACCUUAGGUCAUUAUGGCAAGGUCAAGAUCUAAUGCCAGUCAAAUUAUAUAUAGUUAGUUGUUCUUGACCUUAGGUCAUUAUGGCAAGGUCAAGGUCAAUUGCCAGUCAAAUUAUUUAUAAAUAUUGCUUAAAAGACUUAUGGUGUUACAUGAUCUUAACCUAAGUCAUUUUGGCGAGGGCAAGGACACUUGCAGUCAAAUUAUAUAUGUAUACAUGAAGCUCAUUCUUGAAAAAAAAAGACUUAAGGUGUUAUGUUAUUGUGACCAAGGGUCAUUUUGGCAAGGUCAGGGUCACUUGCUGUCAAAUUGUACAGGAAUUUUUAUAUAUAAAAGAGUAUUUAUGAUCUGAUGUAUGUUGUGAUCCUUGGCCCAAAGUGAUGUGGAAAAACUGCAGAAAGAUUAAUAUUACUUAUAGUCUAAGGGUCUGUCCCGACAUUGUGCCAAAGAUGCAUUUUUAGAAAAGUUCAUACAACUAUUGUUAUGCAAUGUAGGGCUUAGUGAAGGUAACAAUUAUGACUGUAAUAUUGCAUGAUACAUUUUCCUUUAUACAUGUAAUAGUUCAUGUCUUCUACUUUCCCUUUUGAUAUUCAUAAAUUUAUUUUCUCAUGUGUGCCAUGCUUUUUACACAUACAUGUAUUUUGAAACACCAAAACUUGUUGAAUAAACUUGAAAAAUAAAUAAAAGUUUUAAUAAUUGU